AUGGCCUUGAAUCCUGAGGAUCUUGGUAGUGGGUUCCGGCAUAGCAAGGUGUCGACAUUCAUCAACGAACAAAUGGCCAAGCACGACAAAGGCCCUGAUUUCUACCUUGAAAACCUGUCCCUGUCCUGGGAAGAGGUGGAAGACAAGCUCAAAGUUAUCCUGGAGGAUAGCGAGGUGCCUAGCGAGGCUCGUGAAGCCUGUGCCUGGGGCACCUUGGCCUUGGGGGUGCGUUUCGCUCACAGGCAAGGCUGCCUCCAGGGGCACGGGGUGCAGUGGCUACAAGACUUGUCUAGCAUGCAUAAGGUGUCUCCACUCUCCUUGCCAUCAGACCUAAAGCAGCUCACUCACCAACAAGAGAUGGAACGGAAGGAGAUAGCUAUGCAGCUUCAAAUGGCCCAGGCCAAACUGGAAGAGGUGCAGAGAGAGCGAGACCUGCUGAGACUGAAGAUCCUCCAGGCAGAGCUGAGGGCUCUCCCAGCUGCAGUAAAACCGGCUGUGACCCUUCCUCCUGCUUUUGUCAGAAGAUCAGGGACACAAUGGUCAACUGGAAAGGAAAACUUGGCAGAGUUAAUGGCUGCUGCUAAAGGAAGACAAGGCAGAGCGGAGAUGGCAGCAGCUACUAUGGCAGAGACCGUAACUGGCCCUGAAGAGGCCUCAGAGGAGACCAAUGGAAGUAUCACGCAGCUCCUUGGAGUCAUGAAGUGGAAAAAUUAUCCCUUGAAAAGGCAGAGAGCAGGUGAUAUGAGAUCCAAGGAAACAUCCAUGUGCUCUCUCUCCCAGUCCCUGAAUCUGAGAUCCACAUCCUCCUCUGAACCCAUUACUGUCCAACUCCCUGCCUCAUUCACAUACUCCUAUGAAAGCCCCUUCCCAGCCAUACCUACCACAUCCCAACUACCAACCAGAGACAGAUCCCCUCAGAUGCAUCCCUAUCCCAUGGCCUGUGGGGUGAGCCACCUGUCUGAUUUGGGAAUCCACAGAGGAGAUCAUCAGGAACUACAGAAAGACAAGAGAACUACAGCGUUUCGCAGGCCGGGGGACUGGGACUGCCCUUGGUGUAAAGCUGUGAAUUUUUCAAGGAGGGAAAACUGCUUCCACUGUGGGAAGGGAAUCUGGCUGCAAAACCCUUAG